AUGCCCCCCCUUUCACCCCCCCUCCCUCAUCCCCGCGCCCAAAAACAAACAGAAAAGGUGAAGGCAAUGCCCUACAACGAAAGCUGUGUCAUGGUGUCCUGGUCGCAUCCGAGCCGGCCCCAGGGAGUGACUCGUUUCUACUGUAUUUAUGCCAUUCGUCAGACCGGCGGAAGUCAUGCACGACUGCGGGAGAAGUGCAUUCCACCGGACUUCUCAAAACCCUACAAUUACUACCUAUACUGCAAUCUUGAGCUUCACGUGCCUUACAAUAUUUCUGUUCUGGCCAAAAACCGAUUUGAUGGUCGACCGGCCUCUAUAGCAUCCGUGUCGCCUGCAAUCGACUCCCCCAUCUCCAUCAUCUCUAUUGGUGGAACUAUUGUCGCUCAGGAGAAUAUGCGCGUCAGCAUGGACUGCCUCGUGAUUGGCGGAUUUCCCUCCAAAUGGAGGAGUACAAAUGGCCUGAUGGAGUAA